AUGGUGCAGGUUAAAGUACAUGAGGGUAUCUUGGAGGGAGAAGUGGUGGAGAAUGAGUACGGGAAACCCUUUUGUAGCUUCAAGGGCAUACGGUAUGCUCAGCCACCUGUGGGAGACUUGAGGUUUAAGGCACCGCAACCAGCUAAACCUUGGCAGGGCGUGCGCAGCGCUAAAGAGCACGGACCCGACUGCUACCACUAUGACGCGUUCACGUUCCCACUCCCGCCGCCGCAGGGUAGCGAGGACUGCCUGUACCUCAACGUGUACACCCCGACAGUAUCCCCAGCCAAACCCCUACCAGUCAUGGUGUGGAUCCACGGGGGAGGAUUCAUCAGCGGAAGCGGAAGCGACAUGCUCUACGGCCCAGAAUUUGUCGUCAGGAAAGACGUGAUUUUAGUGACCCUCAACUAUAGGCUAGAAGUUCUUGGAUUCCUCUGUCUCGAUACAGAGGAUAUACCCGGCAACGCGGGCAUGAAGGACCAAGUCGCCGCACUGCGCUGGAUCAAAAAGAAUAUUAAAAGCUUCGGCGGGGAUCCAAACAACAUAACCAUAUUCGGGGAGAGCGCAGGAGGCGUCAGCGUCUCCUUCCACUUGAUAUCGCCGAUGAGCAAAGGUCUCUUCAAUAAAGCGAUCAUGCAGAGCGGAACCGUAGCCUGCUGGUGGCCGAACACGUUCCGACCGAGGGACCGAGCGCUGCAGCUGGCGAAACAACUGGGAUGCGAAUCAUCCGACGACAAAGAAAUAUAUGAGUUUUUCAAGAAACAGCCUGUAGAGGACCUCAUCAAGAAACGAAUGCCUAUAACCUUUGCCGAAACAGAGAAAGAGGCAGGCGCCUACGUGUACCUCGGUGUCGUUUCAGAGAAGAAGUUUGGCGAUAACGAAACAUUCAUAGAAGGUGACGUGUACGACCUCCUGAGGAGGGGAAUCCACGAGGGCGUGACCGUCAUCAACGGCUACAACGAGGACGAGGGCGCGUUCUGGUUCCAGACCGGCAGCGACUUCGACAAAAUAUUCCACCAGGCCAACAAAUACUUGGAAUACUUCGUCCCCGAGCCGCUCACUAUAAACUGCCCGAUAAAGACGCAGCUGGAGAUCGGCAAAAAAUUCAAGGAAUUUUAUAUGAAAGGUAAACCCGUUUCGAGGGAGACUUUGGAUAUGGUAAUCAAAUUCUUCGGCAUGGAGGUCUUCGCUUACGGGGCGGUGUUAUGGCAGAAAAUUUGCGCAAAACGGAACAGGAAUAAAUUGUAUAUGUAUAAGUUUACUUGCGUCUCCGAGAGGAACUGUUUUAAAUAUGCAUCGGGCACGGGCGAGCUAUUUGGAUACAGGACCAUCGUGUCGCACUCCGACGAAUUGGGCUACUUAUUCCCAAUGAAGGUGGUGCCCAAUAAGGUUGAAAGAGACUCGGAAAUUUUCCAAAUGGUAGAACAGUUCACGACGCUUUGGACUAACUUCGCCAAGUUCAGUGACCCUACUCCAGACGACAGUCUCCAGGUCAGAUGGAAGCCGUACACCCUGGACGACCAGGCUUAUCUGGACAUUGGGGAGAAACUCGUCCUGAAGUCACACAUCGACAAAGAGGAGGUGGAAUUUUGGGAGAACAUCUUCAGAGAAUACUACCCUCAUGUAGCCCCGUGAAACGGUGGACUUGAUAGUACAACAAAAAUA